AUGUCUAAAACAAGACCAUUUUUUGUUAAAAAUUAUAUUGAAGAUAUCCAUUCAUCACCAUUAGUAAUAGCAGCAAUUCUUGAAAUAUAUGAAAAGAUAGUUUUUACAACUGAAGAAGAAUUAAUAGUCAUAAAAAAUUUAAUUACAAAUAAUAUAAAUAACUAUCCUGAUCCUACUUGGCGCACUAGAUAUUCGCAUUUAAAAAUAUAUGACAAUGAUCAUUAUAAAAGUGCAAGCAUAAUAACCAAACAACAUUAUCUCGAUAUUGUAUUUAGAAUUCUGGUUCAAAGAAAUUUAGAUCUAGAGUUGAAUAAAUUAAUUGGAAACAUCUUUGAUG